UCAGCGCCAGAGAAGCAUCUGCUCAGCCUCAGAGCGAGGGCGGGCCAGUGCAGCGCCCCUUGGCUCCCUCUCGGCGGCCGGGCUCUCUGCAGCUGCCGUACAGGACCCGGGCUCACUGGCCACCGGGGGCUGUCCCUGCGUGUACACUGGAGCUCCCGGCUCCUGCUGGGACCGCCCGCACCCCCGCCACCCGCCCUCCGGCCGCUCCUGCUGGGUGAGUGCGGCGUGUGCGCCCCUGUCCCCUGCGGAGACGCCGGGCCUCCUGGCAGCCAGCAGCGCCCCUAGACCGAGGCGUGAGCCUGCUGUAUAGUUCUGGGCGCAGCGAGCCCGAAGUUCACCCUCCGGCUCCCGGGACUCUCUCUGCCGCAGCCCAGAGGAGUGGCGCUCGGGGAUGAGCCCCGACGUGGUCAUGGGAGCCCCCAGCCAGCCCGCUCCCUGGACCAGGGCCCUCUGGGCUCUCCUCCUGGCGGCGCUGGGCUCUGCCGCCGGCCAGCCGCUGGGGGCCGAGUCCGUCUGCACUGCCCGCCCCCUGGCCAAGUACAGCCUCACCUUCACGGGCAAGUGGAGCCAGACCGCCUUCCCCAAGCAGUACCCCCUGUUCCGGCCCCCCGCACAGUGGUCCUCUCUGCUGGGGGCUGCUCACAGCUCGGACUACAGCAUGUGGAGGAAGAACCAGUACGUCAGCGACGGGCUCCGGGACUUUGCGGAGCGGGGCGAGGCCUGGGCCCUGAUGCGCGAGAUGGAGGCGGCGGGGGAGACGCUGCAGAGCGUGCACGAGGUCUUCUCCGCGCCCGCCGUGCCCAGCGGCACCGGGCACACGUCCGCCGAGCUGGAGGCCCACGCCAGGCACUCGCUGGUGUCCUUCGCGGUCCGGAUCGUGCCCAGCCCCGACUGGUUCGUGGGCGUGGACAGUCUGGACCUGUGUGACGGAGGCCGCUGGAGGGAGCGGGUGGAGGUGGACCUGUACCCCUACGACGCCGGGACCGACAGCGGCUUCACCUUCUCCUCCCCCAACUUCGCCACCAUCCCGCAGGACACGGUGACGGAGAUAACCUCCUCCUCUCCCAGCCACCCGGCAAACUCCUUCUACUACCCCCGGCUGAAGUCCCUGCCCCCCAUCGCCAGGGUGACCCUGGUGCGACUCCGGCACAACCCCAGGACCUUCGUGCUGCCCGCUCCAGGCCCCCUGGGCGGGGGCAAUGAGAUCACGGACAGCCUCUCAGGUCCGGAAACCCCGCUGGACUGCGAGGUCUCCCUGUGGUCGUCCUGGGGGCUGUGCGGGGGUCCGUGCGGGAAGCUGGGAGCCAAGAGCAGGACGCGCUACGUCCGCGUGCAGCCCGCCAACCACGGGACGCCGUGCCCCGCGCUUGAGGAGGAGGCAGAGUGCGUCCCGGACAACUGUGUGUGAGGCCAGAGCCCCGCGGCCCUCGUCCCCACGUGCCCGUCCAGCAGCUCUCUGAGCCCCGCCGCCGCCGGGCGUGCCCGGGGCGCCCGGUCCCGAGCCCCCCUCGCGGGUGCGUCUCUGCCGCAAACCGUGUCCCGCUCUGUUCACUACGGUUCAAGCUCGACUUGCACGUGGCGCCCGCUGGGCCACGUGCAGGAGAGCCACACGCCCCAGGCCCAAGCCGCAUGCGCGUGAAAUACCUCGGCCCUGCUCUCCCCGGCGCCCACGCCCCGGCCUGCUCCUCAGAGCCAGGCUGCUGGGGCCCGUCUCGCAGGUCAGGUGCAUAAAGGAGAGGAGGCGCCGAGCCGAGCCUCGGCGUUGUCACGUGACCGACCUCCCUGCACUUGAAUAAAGACCAUUUCCUGACCACAGGG